AUGUCAAAUAUGGUGGACAAGUCACUCGAAAAGUUUAAAGAUUAAGACAGCUUUUGUUUAAGUUUGACAGGUUUUACGACACGGAAAUGCUGGAAGACGUUAUAGACGACAACAUCUUGCUUUACUGCGGUUAAAUUAUGAGCGUUGCUGUGUCAGAAAGUUGGGCGGAAGGCUCGAAUAUAAAUUUGAGCGAGCCACCGCGUAAUCGCUCUUCACCAAAAACAAUUGCUAGCGAUGGAAACAAGCAAAAAUCUAAGCCAAGUACAGCAACACCUUGUGCUUUAAGUUAUAUAGAAGGCACCAGCUGUUCCGAAAAGAAAGUUCUGCCAGCAAUUCGCCCUAAAAACGAUGAUUUUUUUAUGGGGGGAGAUUUUGUCAAGAGUGGCGUGCAAAAAGACUUUAUUCCUCUUGAUAUUUUAACAAGUUUGACCCAAAUGCCUUCACCGCCAUCCAAAGAGCAACUAGGACCACCUAGCAAAUUUACAAAAAGCUCAGCAUUCGAGAAGCCUGCAACCAUAAGAAAGAGACCAGCAAAUGUUUGGAACUAUAAUAAAAGAAGGGACAAGUUAAAACAUCUUGUUGAAAACCCACCAUGUUUAUGUGGUGCAGGAAGAGAUAUAUCCUUUCUUUAUGAUGCAUUGGCUGACAAGAAUGAGGAGAAAUCUAAAGAAAAAAGUGAAGACGUUUCUGGUGCCAAGGAGCAGCAAUCUGAAAGCAACACUUUGUCUGGAUCACCGGAUACAACCCAAGUACCUAACACGUUAGUUCCUGCAGAGUAUCAUCUGGUCAAAGACCCAGGUGUCCUUGGCUUGGAAUUCUCAGAUGAAACUCAUACAACCCAUCUGAAAGAACAUCAAGACCACAUGACGAUAUUUCCAUCCAUGAAACCCACUGGUCGUCAAGAAGUUUUGAAACUAAAACACGCUUUUGAUGCGAUGUUGUCCCGAGCUGGUGUUGACGAUGAGUCUAAAGAGUUGACUGGACCUACCCAGAUUCAUAAUUUGUUGGAAAUUGUGCGAAAGGAACAGAAUAUAUAUAAUAUUGUGUUUAACGAGAUUAUCCGACAGUGUACUGUGGAAUGUGCUGAGAGAGGGGAAUUGUUGGCUAGUUUAAGAAAGAGAUAUGCUCAGCUUUUGGACAGAGUCCCUAGACAAGUCAUGAGUCUCCAUCAAGAGGUGUUGGCCCAAAGGGCUCUAGACAGACGACUGACUGAAGAAUUAAUCAGGUUUAAAGCAAAUGUCUCUGCAUUAACGAGCGAACUGGAUGCAGUAAAAGCCCAUGACAGUGAAGUUACAAAACAAGCAAUACAGGUCCAACAAGAUCUAAAUGAAGCACUGGUAGAAUCGGAAAAGAACGCAAACUUAUUGGAAGAGUACCAUGAACUUUACGAACUGCAGAGAAAACGUCUCGAGAUAUUUGUUCGUACUUUAACUGAAGAGAGAGACUUAUGGAGCAGUGCAGCGUAUAUACUCGCUUUGAAAGUCACUGAUCAUCAUAAAUUAAAUGUUGCUAAAAGAUUGCAUUUGCAUGAGCGAGCCUGGUCAAAGUUGGCGAGACAUUUCAGUUUGAAUCUUAGUCAAAAAGAUAGUGAACAGCUUCAAGAUCUAGUGACAAGUUUCCAUUCAUGGAAGGAUUUGGCAGAAAAAUUUAACGUUCAACUGAUGAAAAAUGAAGCUAAUUUAAAAACAAAUCUCGAGGUGGCUGUACAACAAUUACAACGUUGGAGGAAUGAGUUUGAGAGAGUUGUCAGUCCAGACCAAGGGAGAGUUGAAGCUCCUUGUAAGGAGCUGGUCGAGGAGUUACUUCGUGAUAUGAAAGCUUGGGAGGAUUUGUGUAAUACAGAAGCAGAGAAAUUCGUAGGAGGCAAUCUAUUGUCUUGUCAAGAUCAACUCUAUCACUUAUAUAAGCUGGUGGAAGCCUGGACAGACGUCGCACAUAAGGUGUUCAGAAGGCAUCAACAAGAUGCCCGGGACGUUGUCUACAAUAACGAAAUGACCGCCAUUAACCAGAGUGUUGAAAAACUGCAUCAGCAGUUUCAGAUUCGGGCAAGUGGAGAAAAUGGCGUCGCAAAGGGAUUGAUUGAUAUGAGUAACCCCAUGGAAUCAUGGUGUAAUAAAUUGCACUCGGUUGUGAAUGGCAGUGAAGAGUUGCUUGAUCCAGAAUGGAUCCGAUUGGCUGAUCAAGUCGGGAACGAAUGGCUUCAGAACAUGAAAGAAAUAAUUCUUUUGAUUGGCAUCCCGAUCAAGGAUGGCGAGCGUCAGAAUAAUGAAAAAGAGAAUAGUACAGUGAAUUUUGAUGAGUUUUGCAAGGCGGGAAAACUGUGGCUGACGAACAUGACAAAUUCCGUUGAGAAUGAAGAUGGAAAACUCAUGCAAAUUGUAAGCGAUCUUCACUCGACGAUGUUAAGGUGGAUGAUAACAGUACUACUCCGUCUCGCUCCGGAUGUGGAAGAUCAUGACCUUGAGGAGAUAAGUUCUGAAGACGAUCUUAAAGGAGCUCUGGGCGGAGGUGAGAUACUCCUGGAAUCAACCUCGUUAGAGAUAAAAACUCGGGCGGGUCGUUUGGCCGAGGACAUAAGAAAAUAUUCAAAGGUUAUCAAAGAUUGUUGUGCGAGUAUCGUUAUGGAGACGAUGAUGGAGAAGAAAGACCGCUAUGAAGAAGAUGCUGAGGGGGAAUAUAAUGAUCUCAAGAGGAUUGAGAAGGAAUGUGAGGGAUGGAUUAGGACGUCCGAGCUCCUGAUUAAGCAGGUUGUUGGAGAGCUACCACUAGAAGGUGUAAACAUUGAGUCAUUCCCGACCACACCCAUGACAAGCUCAGAAGGGACAAAGAGUGGUCGCAAGGGAUCUUUACAAGAUUCUGAGGGAACAUUAAGUACCGCUAGGAGUACUCCAGUAAAAAGUGUGGACUUUGAAUCAAAGGAGGAUACUCCUAUUAAUCUGGCGAUAUUAUCUGUGCCAGCAACUCCAAAUGUGAUUGAACCAGAGGACAGUUGUAUAAAUGAUCAACCGGAAGAAACAACUCGAGCAUCUUCUCAAGGCUCCAGACCUAUCUCAAGUGGUGCAAAUAAAAUGAGAGUGUUGGCUGAAGAUGAAACUGUAAGAACAAAAGUGUUGAAAAAUGAAGAAAAACCUGAGGUUGAAAGUACGUCAGACGUAUUAACAGAUGACACACCUUCGAAUACCUUCAAACCUUUAGAAACCGUGGAAAAGUUACAGAGUGAAUUAUUAGAAGCGGAAGAACGUGCUCAGCGUGCGGAACAGCGUGCUUUAGAUGCCGAAAGUGAGCUUAAAACAGCCUUGGAAAAAGUACGUGCUCUCGAACGAGCUGCCUCUCGUCCAAGCAGUUCCCAGUCUAGAGUCACCUCGGCCAAACCUGAAUCCGGGCAGGCGACAACGCCAGGGACUCCAGUCAAUCAACAGACUCUAACGACACCCUCCCCUCGGGCGUUGUCAAAGCAACCACAAUCCCGUGCUUCCUCGGGGUCAUCGUCGGGCAGAAAGAAAAAAUAAGAUAUUUAAUACUGUCGGACAUUUCGUAAAAUGUAAAGGUGGCUGUGACUGUACAGUAUGUUGUAUAUAAAUAUUACAAAGUGUAUAUAUUUUUACUUCAGGUGUUAAGUCAGAUUCUGUAAACGUCAGUCGUCAUGAGCAAGUCAUGAGCAAGUUUUAUCGCCAAUUGGGUCAAAAAAGAAACUUUUGUCGGCUUACGAAAACACCAGGGACCCGCGGUUGUUCAAAAGCCGGUUAGCUUAGCCCUGGGUUGGGUUGAGAGCAAAUCCCCUAAAUUAAUAUUUUUAAUCGCUUGUUGACAAAGUUAGUAUAUUUUUUCAUAAAUAUUUUCUGGACCGAUAGAACUAGAAGUAAUUUUUUCUACAGUUUUAAAAUGAAGAGUGGUUCAGAAGCACAUUCUGAACUAAAACACUCUGACUGGAUUAAAACGUAUCCCAGGGUUAGCGCUAAGCCGCCAGCCUAGCUUUGAGCAACUGGCACCUGAGGGUAAAACGCCGUAUACAGUCUAAUAAAGAAAGAUUUUUUGAUCUGUCGAGCGCGAUUUUAUUUUGCGUACAGUAAAGUAAUCCUUUCAGCCACGAUCUGUUUUUGAUUGGUUGUCAUAAAUCUCAAAAAUUCAUAAAAUAGACUAUGAUUUAUGAUCUGCGUUUUAUAAUCCGUGUUCUUAAGGAAUGAGCUAUGUUAUUAGUUGAUUCAAUAAUUUGACGUAAAUUUUCAUGCUACACUGUUAUUAGACACAGAAGUGGGAAUAUGUGAUUCAGCUAAAAAGUGUUUAAAA